AACUCAGUCACCUUCCUCUUACCCCUUUCAUUUCUUCUUUACGCUCACAGAUUUGAGAAAAAAGAGUGUAUUUUUUUUUUCAAUUCUCUUUAUUUUUUCUUACCCUUUAAAUGAUUCUGGGUUUUAAUCAAUUUAUUCUAUUUGGAAUUGGAUAACCUCAACUCUCAAUCUAGAUUUUGUAGUUAAGUUCUAAGAUGAUAUCAGAAUCUAUCCUAAAUCCAGUUUGUUGUGGAGACUUUUUAUAUUUGUGUCACUCGUUGUUGUUGAUUCCGGUUCUAGCUUGUUCAGUCCUUGACGUGAGUGACUGUGUUAGAAGUUCCACAUUAAUUAUAGUGCAAACCUAAUAUAUCUUCUGAACGUAACUGUAAAGACUAAUCAAAAUUACCGACGUACAUUUAAAUUUAAUUUUGAAAAAGGUACCGCUAGUUGUAAGGGUUAAUAUUGGCUGUUCACUUUUGUAAUAAAUUUGCAUUUGGAAACCUCUGCCCAAUUUUGAGGUAAGUGUUUGUCUUUUGUGUGUUCGCUGCACGUGACCCUCUUUUUGUGUUCUUUUUCACUUUUCACCCUUUUCUUUCCUUUCUCCAACUCCAAGAGAACCUCUCUCUACUACCCAUAGCAUCACUACCACUCACCUUCCUUCAGAUCCCAUCUUACUCAAAUCAUUUCCCAUUCAUUAAUGACUCCACAAACCACACUUCUUUCACUCUUCUUCACCCAUAUCCAUAACCAUGUCUCUCUUUCCCUUAACCAUUACCCUCUCCUUCCUCAUCCUCCUCCUACUCUUCCCUACAUCCACUCAAACAUGCUCAUCAAUCAAUAACACAACAAAAUUACACUCUUGCCCUCCAUUCUCAUCCACCCCACCAUUCCCAUUCUCAACCUCCCCAGGCUGUGGCCACCCAUCUUUCCAACUAACCUGCUCAACCCCCUACUCUUUCCUCACCAUCAACAACCUCACUUUCUCAAUCCUCUCUUUCAAACCCAACACUUCCUCAAUCCUCCUAUCCCCUCACACCACCACCACCACCACUUGUUCUUCAACAUCUUCAAUCCCAAACAAACCAAUCAACCUCUCCAACACACCAUUCACACUCUCCGAUGAAACAUGUUCACGUCUCUCUUUUCUUCAACCUUGUUCCCCACCAACUCACCCAAAUUGCAGUCUUUGUCCUUGGCAAUGCAAAAUCAUCAAAAACCCAACUGAAAUAUUCAAUGAUUGUAGAUCCAUGCAUCACUCUGUUUCAGAUUCUGAACCUAGUUGUCAAAGUGAUGUUCUUAGUUACCUCAAUGAAAUUCUCACUUUAGGUAUCGAAGUUCAAUGGGACCAAGCUUUAACACAAGACACUUACUUCACAAAUUGCAGCAAUUGCAUCAACAAGAACGGUUUUUGCGGUUUCAAUUCUUCAGACCCGAAUCAAGACUUCAUUUGUUACCAAUCAAAAUCAACUUUUUCACCACCGUGGAUUCGGAAAAUGAAACUUAACAAAAUCGCGAUUUUCGCUAUUAUUAUAGCUUCCACUUCGUUGAUUCUGUUUCUCUCAGUUAUCAUUUCAAUUCUCCGGUCAAGAAAGUUAAACACGACGGUGGAAGAAGAUCCAACCACCGUAUUCCUCCACAACCACCGCAACGCGAAUCUAUUUCCACCGGUUUUCACCUACGAUGAAUUAAACAUUUCUACCAACAACUUCGAUCCGAAGCGAAAAAUCGGCGACGGAGGAUUCGGCUCUGUUUAUCUCGGAAACCUCCGUGACGGAAAAAUCGCCGCCGUGAAACAUCUUCACCGGCAUAAUCACACAGCGGCAUUCUCAUCAAAAUCAUUCUGCAACGAGAUUCUGAUUCUCUCAUCGAUCGAUCAUCCAAAUCUCGUUAAACUUCACGGUUACUGUAGCGAUCCACGAGGUUUGAUUCUUGUUUAUGAUUACAUCCCUAACGGAACCCUAGCGGAACAUCUUCACGGUUCAAAGAGUAAACGGAACGGUUAUAAGCUGACGUGGCAAACGCGGCUUGAUAUUGCAAUACAAACGGCGUUAGCGAUGGAGUAUCUUCAUUUCUCAGUUAAACCACCGAUAGUUCACAGAGAUAUAACGUCGUCAAAUAUUUUUAUUGAGAAAGAUAUGAGAAUUAAAGUCGGUGAUUUUGGGUUAUCGAGGUUGUUAGUUUUGCAAGAAACUACUAAUAAUCAAACGACGUCGUCUAGUGGUUUUGUUUGGACUGGUCCACAAGGUACACCAGGUUAUUUAGACCCGGAAUAUCAUCGCUCUUUUCGAUUAACUGAAAAGAGUGACGUGUAUAGUUUUGGUGUGGUUUUGCUCGAGUUAAUUACAGGGCUUAAAGCAGUUGAUUAUUGUAGAGAUAAACGCGAGAUGGCACUUGCUGACAUGGUCGUUUCGAGGAUUCACACGGGUCAAUUGAAAGAGGUACUGGACCCGGUACUUGAUUUGAGUAACGACGGUGAAAUGCUUAAUGCGGUGGCUGCUGUGGCGGAGCUGGCUUUUCGAUGUGUUGCAUCGGAUACAGAUGAUCGACCCGAUUCAAAGGAGGUUGUGGAGGAGUUGAAACGGGUUCGGUUACGAACGUCAAUGAAUGGUGACGUGGCGAAGGAUGAAUGAGUUGUGCACAUGUGGAGUUUGACUCCGUGAGUUGAAGUUUUGUCGUAGGGUAACGUGGACCCGCCUUGGAACAAAAAUUAAACUCACACGUUGGUGUUGUGCGCACGUGGGUGUCUUCUAAUUAAUGUUUAUUGUUACGUAACGUGUAGGGUAAAUAUGUGAGUGACACAGUACCGGUAUUUGAAAUUUAAAUUUAGUAUGGGAGGGUACUUUGAAUUGACUCAGCUGAGAAUGGGUAUGUGGAUGAGGACUAUUUUAGAUAUUGCUUUGUUACUCAAAAUAUCUAUCUAUGAGGGUAAAUGUGUAUAGUACUGUUUAACUGUUCUGUGAAAAAUACAUUUUCCAUUUUUGAA